GAAAAAAAACCCCCAUCCUAGUCCAGCUAAGCAGCGAGGCUGAUGGCAGUGAGGUUUGGGGAGCCAGCAGGAGGUUUGGGGGUUUAGUGCCUGAGUCUGUCUUGUGUGAGAUGCCUCGUCGGGCUAUCGUGGAUGUGAGGGUGGAGGACGUGCAGAAGAGACGGGUCCCCAACAAACACUAUGUUUACAUUAUCCAAGUCACAUGGUCCAAUGGCUCCACCGAAGUUAUCUAUAGACGAUACAGCCGAUUCUUUAAUUUGCAGAUGCAGCUGUUGGACACGUUCCCGGUGGAAGGAGGCCAGAAGGACCCCAAGCAACGCUAUAUUCCUUUCCUGCCAGGUAAAAUCCUCUUCAGACGAAGUCACAUCAGGGAUGUUGCAGUGAAGCGGCUGAAACCGAUCGAUGAGUAUUGCAGGGCUCUUAUCCGACUGCCAAUCCACAUCUCUCAGUGCGACGAGGUUCUUCAGUUCUUUGAGACAAGACCGGAGGAUGUGAACCCACCUAAAGAGGAACCGAUCGGAAAGAAGAAAUCCGGGCUUUCAAUAUUCCAGAGAGCAUCAUCGUUUCUAAAGAGAGGUGGUGACGGGACAUCGGCCGAUCAGUUUUUUCUGGAUCAGUACGUGGCCGUGACGAACUACGAAAAGCAGGAGAGCACAGAGAUCGGCCUGCGCCAGGGGCAAGUGGUGGAAGUGAUCGAGAAAAAUGAGUCCGGGUGGUGGUUUGUCAGCUCGGCUGAUGAGCAGGGCUGGGUCCCAGCCACGUGUCUGGAAGCCCAGGAUGGAGCUCAGGAUGACCUUCUGGUUGUCAGUGCCAAACCAGGAGAAGAGGAGAACUUUGUGGUCAUUUAUCCGUACUCUGCGAGGGAUAAUGAUGAGAUUGAUCUGGAAAGAGGUAUGAUGGUGCAGGUCAUACAGAAGAACCUGGAAGGUUGGUGGAAGAUCAGGUAUCAAGGCCAGGAGGGCUGGGCUCCAGCCUCGUACUUGAAGAAAGCCACCAAUGAGGUGCUGGGUCAGAAGCUAACCUCAGGGCAAGCUAUCUAUUCAAGCGCAACCGACCUCGAUGCAAUUGGCAGACAGCCGAGCUCUAAAGAUAGCAGAGACAAGGCAGCCUUAUUUGACCAAAAAGAUGGGAAAUUAGAAUUGCGAGGGGCAGCGCCGUCUGAUGCUAAAGGGAAGUUACCCAGCAUGAGGCACAGACCACCACCUCGCAGAGAUCUUACCCUGCCACGUGGGUUGAAUCUGCCCAAACCACCAGCUCCCCCUGAGGUGGAGGAGGAGUAUUAUACCAUCGCGGCAUUCCAGACCACCAUUCCUGAUGGGAUAAGCUUUCAGGCAGGAGAAAAGGUUGAGGUGAUUGAGAAGAAUCUAAGUGGCUGGUGGUACAUACAGAUCAACGCUGAGGAAGGUUGGGCUCCAGCCUCGUUCAUUGACAAGUACAAGAAAACCAGCAAUGCUUCGAGAGCCAAUUUCCUGCCGCCUUUAGCGCAAGAAUUGACGAAACUUAAACUUUCGGAUGGAGCUUUUGGAACCAGCACUAACGGAGGAGAAAGCACAUUUCCAAACAGACCGUUGCCCAAAGAGCCGCAAGCAUCGAACCACAAUGAGAGCGUCGAGCCUAUCGCCCACCCCAAGCUGAAGGACUGGAGAACAAAGGAUAUCAGUAAAAGUCCACCUUCCGCCAACAAAUCCAAUGUAUCCUCAGACGCCGAAUCUCAAGCCAAGCCCUGUCCUCCUUCAGGUGCACUAACUGCCGAUGUUUCUAAGUUAAACAAGGAGAAACCGCUUUUUCUGUUAAAGAAAGAACAGGUUAGCAGUAAGUUUGAGGCAGAAUUGUCGGAGAAACAUUCCAAAGGUCUUCCCCCGAAGCCACCUGUACCAGGUGGCAAUUUACCCAUCUUACCGCCCAAAAUGGGACCAGUGAAAGGAGAUAAGAAGCCAGGUGCUGAACCAAGUAAAAGUACUCAAUCCAAAGGCCUCGAAGCUGGGCCAAAAGUAUCAGCAGGUGAAGUUGCGAGGCCUCAUCUCAAGCCUGUGGCGAGACCAGCCAAAUCUAAGUCUGAUUUAGAAGACAAGUCAGUGGAAUUGUCUCCAAAUCUGGCCUUAAAGCCGAGGCCUCUGCUGAGGCCAAAGCCAUUUCCUUCCACAAAGGGAGAUGCACAGCCUGAAUCUGAAGUCGACAUUUCGAACCUAAGAAGCAAGUUGAGACGAGCGAAAGCGGUGGAUAAAGUGGGAGAGCAGGACUCGUGCCAGCCCGUCGCAGGGAAUCAGAAUUCCUCAAAUAACCUGCCCACACCUGCUUCCAGCAGUUCCCAGGGAAACGUGGUUAACGGUUUCCAGAUGAAGCCAAGCUCAGGGACGAGCUGUAAGGGAAGCGAUGCCACCAGGGCUCUCCAGAGAGAGCAAAACGGCUUUGAGGUCGAGCAGAAUGGUCUGAGUGUUGCCCAAGAGAAAGCGGGGGUUUUGAAAAAUAAUUUUAGUAACUCAAAACCAUUGGAGAAGAAAGUGGACGACACUCAACUGAAGAAAACGCCUUCAUUCAACAAAGAAGGUCCACCUCGCCCACAGGUCCCACCCAGAAGACCCCCGCUGCCAAAGAAAUCCUCUGUAGAAUCUGCAGGUCAACUGAAGGAUACGUUUGAGAACAAACCUGCCUGGGGAUUAAGUAAACCUGCCAUACCUCCCCCCAGGCCCAAACUUGUCUCGCCUCAUGAUCACGGCAAGGAUGAUAUCAAACCUAGGUCUGGGCCGAAGGAUGCCUUAGCAAUAAAAGGAGCCCUUCCUUCCAAAGCUCAAGAGCACAAGAGAGACCCAGUCAUCCCUUCGAAAGAGACGCAAAAGUUGUUGGAGAAAUCUGAGCAGGGAAAAGAGAAGGUUCAUGUUGCAUCCGUCAACCUCGGUGAGGAAUUGUCAAAGCCAAACCUUUACGUGGCUCUCGCAGAUUUUGUGGGCGACGAUGAGACCGCUGGAUUUAAAGAAGGGUCAAUAUUUGAACUAUUUGAGAAAAAUAUUAAUGGCUGGUGGUACUGUAAGAUUCUGAAUCCUGAGCCAACCUGGGAGGGCUGGGUCCCUUCCAAUUAUCUGACCAGAAAAUGUUAAGUGUCUUCUUCGUAUAUUAUUUUUACACCACAAAAGGCUUUUUCAUAUGGUAAUAUUUAAUUGGGUCGUUAAUUUAUAGGUUAAACCUGUUCAAAAGCCACAAACUACAUUCCAUCAAUGUUUUUCUCCCCCAAAUCCUAAGAUGGAACAGCAUGGAGCACCUUUCACAUUUGCCGUUAAGUCAUUUGCGCAUUUUAAAAACAUCAUUGAGAUGAUCUGCCAGUUAAAAAGGAGGGAAGAAACAAUGUGACACUUUGCUUAAUAAUACGUUUCAGGUAAUGCCACUCUUCAGUUUACCGAUAAUGAUUUGAAAGGAUUUUUUUUUGGUUGUUGGAACUUUUAAGAAAGACGUAAUACAAUGGUCAACACAUUUGAGCUUAUUCUUGUGAACUACUCUUCAAUUGCAGAACAAAUGUCAGAUCUUAUUGGCAAGAAAUUAAGAACUUUUUGCAUUGUUAGUUAACUGUGCAGCUGAAUAUGCCUGAAUCUUGAAGUUCUGAAAGUUCCAAUAUUUAGAAGUUUGUAUUAAUUGCAGGCAGUUUAUCGUGCAAAUCACAGUGAAACACAUAUUCUUGUUCCUUAAGUUAUCACAUUUUCUUUUAUAUACAUUGCAUUUUCUUUUAUAAUACGAGAACUGUUUUAUAGUAUUGUAGUAAAAUAAAUUGAUAAUGUAAAUUUAAAACAUUUUAGUUAUAUUCUGCUUCAGUAAAGGCCAUCAUAAAGAUACUACUAUGUUAAAAUAGAUAGAGUAGUUUAGUCACUAAUAUAAUGCACGUAAAGGACAACUAUUAGUUAUAUCACAGAUAAGGUGUAGUCUUCUGAACACUCUUCAGGAAAUGAGCUAUAUAGGAUCCUGUAUUCAAUACAUAUUCUCAACUAACUGCAGUUAAACAUUUAAUAUGCAUCUCAAAAUACCUGAGACGAGCGGUUAUUCAGUUUGCAAGGUUUGAAAAAAAAACAGGAUUUGAUUAAGAUUCAGUCCAUUGAUUGGUGACAUUGAAUUGUUUUAGGGAGAUUGGGAUCUAAUAAAACAGGGUGUACUACGUACAUUAAGAAAUAAGAACUCUAAUGGACUUGAAACUGGAUAACACUCCUCGCAGAGAAUUGUUAUUGCACAGACUAUACUCAAGACUAAUUCCUCAUGAAUGUAACCGCAUGAGGCCUUUAGACGGUAUUACCUAAAUGCUUUAGUUGUAACUUAGUGUAGAAUUCAUUAGGUUUAUUUGCUUUGUGAGAGCUUGACUGGUAUCAAGCAUAUAUACUAUGGAGCAAAAGACUUGAAAUGUGAAACAUGUUUUAAAAAAAGUGUUUGUUAACAUGGCUUCUUCUAAUAAAGUUGUCCAAAGUCAAAAGCAUUGCAAAAAUAGAAGAAAUCAAAUUACCUCACAUUAUACCAGGGAACACAAAUCACUUUGGAGUAAUCUUGACACAUAUCACAGGGAGAAGGGGGCUUUCAAAGAAGCUGGAUACAAACAUAGCUAAUUAAAUAUGUGUAAUAAAAUUUGAUUGUGAGAAAACAAUAAAAGUAUGUUUGUGUAAUACAUUGAAGAUUACACUUUUCCCAAACUCAGUCCUGAAACAUUUAACACUGUCUGAAACACCUACUAAUUGGUGAGGUUGAAUAAUGGACAUUUUAAACACUUUAUGCAGAUGAUGACUGAUUAAACUUAAUCAUGUGCUGCCUGUCUACACACUGGUUUGUGUAAAUUGUCACCUGCACUAGACCAGAUUGCGUACAGCUAAAUGCUACUGGAAUGCAGGCCAGACCAGCAGACUGCCUAGCUCUGUAUGUCAGAAGCAAUGUGAACAAACAAUGUUAACUAGGUUUACGUGAAGUGCCAAAUCAAUUGUGAAAAGUAGUAAAGAUUGCAUCAUAUUCAUAAAAUUACAGGCCUGCAAAUACAUUUUACAGGCGAGCGAGUCCCUGAGUGAAAGCCUAAGCCAGACACAUAUAUUACAGAGGUCUGUUUGGCACUGUAACUAAAUGACUUUACACAACCUCAGAUUCCUCACAAUGACCUUUACUGUAUUUCCAUCAUGGAAGAGUUGGGUUGUGAAGUUGGCUUUGGAGACCAGAUGGCAGUGAAAGCAAUGUCAUCCAUCUACUCAUUUACCGGAGAGAGCUGAAGAAUGAAAUGGUUCACAAGUUCUCAUUCCCAGGUCAUGAGCCAUGAACGGACCUGUGAAUGGAUUUCACUGGCCGAGGGAUGGGGGAAAGUGAAGAAAGGGAAAGAUAAUUCAAAGUGAGGAAGUCAAGUGAGAAAAAAUGUACGUUAGCGUGUGGGUGAGCACCCAGCGAUUGUCUCAGAGAAUCCCGAGAAAAGAUAAGUGAAAGUUCAGAAGGUAACGGAGGCAGGUGUUCUGUUGGGGGAAGAGGGUGACUGACUGUUCUGGAGUUUCCUGCGCAUCGUGAGAGCAGUGUGUGCGUGUGUGUCGGGGAGGGCGUGGGGUGGUGGGGGAGGCAAAACUUGCUCACACAGUUAAGCGGUCUGAGACGCUACCUUGUGUAGAGGGCGCUAUAUAAGUGCAAGUUGUUGUUGUUGACACCCUACUGGGUUUCAUGAGCAGUGCCACCUCAACAAGCACAUUUACACAAAGAAAACUUGAGAUCAAAUAAAGUACAGGGUAUGUGACAAUAGGUUUACAUUGCAUGGCUCCUUAUUCCAAUACUCAUGUGCAGUGUCAAGGUUCAGAGAAGAGCAACGCUAGCUGCGAAUAGGAGACUUUCUGAGAGCAAUACCAAGAGAUGUCCUGCAGUACAAAGGGAAAUGACAGCAGCUAAUUGCUUUGCGACCUGAUUUGUGUGAUUUUUAACCUUGAUGUUUCUGGGUUUUCUGUAACUCAGAUUUCCUUACUGUAAACAACAUGAUUUAAUGGUUAACUCGAUUUUAAUUUGAAAAAAGCCUUUUGUUUUAAAAGGUUGUAACUGUUUUUUUUUCUUCUCCUGUUACAAACGUUUAUUUUGUGGAACAUUAAUAAACAAAUCACAGCUUU